ACGUGGAAGGCGCCAGGGUAGGGAGAGCGAAGAAAAAAAAAAAGAGAGAGAGAGAAAUAAAAAAAGGGGACCAGAGCACGGCUGCAGGAAGCAGAGAAGGAAACCUAGCAAGAGAGUGAAGCUCUCGGGGGAGAGAGAGGGGGGAGAGGAGGACAGAGAAGGAGAAGCAAGGAGAGAGAGCAGGCAGGCUCCUCACUCGCUUGCCUUUUUUUUUUUUUCCAAGAAGGAGCAGCUAGCGGCAGCCUCACACGCGAGCGCCACGCGAGGCUCCCGAAGCCAACCCGCAAAGGGAGGAGGGGAGGGAGAAGGAGGAGGAGCGGUGGGAGGCGGAGGAAAGACAUUGCCACCUUCCAUUCCCCCACCCUCAGGAGUCUCCCUUUUUUUUCUUUUUCUUUCUUUUUUUUUCUUCACUCCGGACACCUUCUUUUCUGUCCCUUUCCUCUCUUCCUUUGCCCCCAACGUCUCGGCUUUCCCUGUGCCCCUUCCUCCCCGCGCAAUCCCUCCUCUCCAUCCCUCCGCCUCCCGGCUUCCACAUCUCCUGGCGGCCCAUGGAGAGCCCCUCCAAAAUGGAAAGCACCGGGGUCAGCCAGCAGCCUCCUCCUCCGCCGCCGCCGCCGCCGCAACAGCCCCAGCCGCAGCCAGCUCAGCCGCAGCCGCCCCAGCCGUUCUUGCAGCCCGCCGCCUGCUUCUUCGCGGCGGCGGCUGCGGCGGCGGCAGCAGCGGCAGCGGCGGCCGCCCAGAGCGCGCAGCAGCAGCCGCCGCCGCCGCCGCCUCCGCAGCCGCAGCUGAGUCCGGCCGACGGCCAAGCCUCGGGGGGCGGUCACAAGUCAGCGCCAAAGCAAGUGAAACGGCCGCGCUCCUCGUCGCCCGAGCUGAUGCGUUGCAAGCGGCGCCUCAACUUCAGCGGCUUCGGCUACAGCCUGCCCCAGCAGCAGCCCGCGGCCGUGGCCCGGCGCAACGAGCGCGAGCGCAACCGCGUCAAGCUGGUCAACCUGGGCUUCGCCACGCUGCGGGAGCACGUCCCCAACGGCGCGGCCAACAAGAAGAUGAGCAAGGUGGAGACGCUGCGCUCGGCCGUCGAGUACAUCCGCGCCCUGCAGCAGCUGCUGGACGAGCACGACGCGGUGAGCGCCGCCUUCCAGGCGGGCGUGCUGUCGCCCACCAUCUCCCCCAACUACUCCAACGACCUGAACUCAAUGGCCGGCUCUCCGGUCUCGUCCUACUCGUCCGACGAGGGUUCCUACGACCCACUCAGUCCAGAGGAGCAAGAACUUCUGGACUUUACAAACUGGUUCUGAGCGCCUUCUACAGCCCAGGCCCGACGGAUAGCAAACUUUAGGAGCAGGGUGACCGGAGAGAACCUGCCUCUUUAGCUUUUUAUUUUCUCCGCCAGCGACUCUGGGAGGAAGAAGACGAAAUCAACUCCCCCUCUCCCAAACACCACACAAACAAACAAAAAACAACGCCAGAUCUGCAGUUGCAUAUCUCCAGCCCCCAGUGCGGCCCUGAAGUACAGCUAGCAUCUUUGCACCAUGGUUCCUGAAGAGGAAGAUGAACAUUGACUUAAGGGCCUGUGUUGUGCUGG